GAGACGGCAUCCAGGCGCUCCGGGAUGGCGCUCCGCGGUCCCCCGCGGCCGCGCAAAGUUCGCAGGAGACGAGAGAUGCUGGGGCAGCAAGUUGGCUUCGUGUGCGCGAUUUUGGCCCUGGUGUGCUGUGCGUCUGGCCUGUUUGGCAGCUGGGGGCACAAAACAGCUUCUGCUAGCAAACAUGUUUUACCAGACACGUGGAGAAGUAGAAGGCUGAUGGCACCAGUGAAUGGGACUCAGACAGCUAAGAACUGCACAGAUCCGGCGAUUCAUGAGUUCCCCACAGACCUGUUCUCCAAUAGCGAGCGACAGCACGGAGCCGUCCUGCUGCAUAUCCUUGGUGCUCUGUACAUGUUCUACGCCUUGGCCAUAGUGUGCGAUGACUUCUUCGUUCCGUCUCUAGAGAAGAUCUGCGAGAAACUCCAUCUGAGCGAAGAUGUGGCUGGAGCCACCUUCAUGGCUGCAGGAAGCUCGACGCCAGAGCUGUUUGCCUCUGUAAUUGGUGUGUUCAUCACCCACGGAGAUGUCGGGGUUGGGACCAUCGUGGGCUCUGCUGUGUUCAACAUCCUGUGUAUAAUCGGAGUUUGUGGAUUAUCCGCAGGGCAGGUGAUCCGUCUGACGUGGUGGGCCGUGUGCCGAGACUCUGUGUACUACACCCUCUCUGUCAUUGUGCUCAUUGCCUUCAUAUAUGAUGAAGAAAUUGUGUGGUGGGAAGGCCUGGUGCUCAUCAUCUUGUACGUGUUUUACAUUCUGAUCAUGAAGUACAAUGUGAAGAUGCAGGCCUUUUUCACAGUCAAGCAAAAGACCAUUGCAAAUGGCAACACGGUCAACAGUGAGCUGGAGGAUGGUAAUGAUUACUGUGAUAGUAGCUCUGAUGACCCUUCCAUGCCAUUGCUGGGGCAAGUGAAGGAGGAGCCGCAGUACAGCAGAAACCCAGUGGUGAUGGUGGAUGAGGUCAUGAGCUCCAGCCCUCCCAAGUUCACCUUCCCGGAAGCAGGCUUACGCAUAAUGAUCACCAAUAAGUUUGGGCCCAGGACUCGUCUGCGGAUGGCCAGCAGGAUCAUAAUUAACGAGAGGCAGAGGCUGAUCAACUCGGCAAACGGUGUGAGCAGCAAGCCACUUCAGAACGGGAGACACGAGCGCAUCGAGAACGGGAACGUUCCCGUGGAAAGCCCUGCAGAGCCGCAGCGGGAGCGGGAGCAGCCGCCGCCGGCCCCGGAGCCAGAGCUGGUCGAGGCCGCUUUCCUGUCCCCCUUCUCCAUGCCCGAGGCAAGAGGGGACAAAGCCAAGUGGGUGUUGACCUGGCCACUCAUCUUCCUCCUGUGCGUCACCAUCCCCAACUGCAGCAAGCCCCGCUGGGAGAGGUUCUUCAUGCUCACCUUCGUCAUGGCCACGCUGUGGAUCGCUGUCUUCUCCUACCUGAUGGUGUGGCUGGUGACUAUUAUUGGAUACACCCUUGGAAUCCCUGAUGUCAUCAUGGGCAUUACUUUCCUUGCAGCAGGCACAAGCGUUCCAGACUGCAUGGCCAGCUUAAUUGUGACGAGACAAGGCCUUGGUGACAUGGCGGUCUCUAACACCAUAGGAAGCAACGUGUUUGACAUCCUCGUGGGACUCGGCGUACCAUGGGGGCUGCAGACCAUGGUUAUUAAUUAUGGAUCCACGGUGAAGAUCAACAGCCGGGGUCUGGUCUACUCCGUGGUGUUGCUUCUGGGCUCCGUUGCUCUCACCGUCCUCGGCAUCCAUCUGAACAAAUGGAGGCUGGACCGGAAGCUGGGGGUCUACGUGCUGGUUCUCUACGCCAUCUUCUUGUGCUUCUCCAUAAUGAUAGAGUUUAACGUCUUUACCUUUGUCAACUUGCCGAUGUGCCGAGAAGACGAUUAAAGCGGAGCCGCCGCCCCCCAACCCGGGAGCUCUUCUGGACACUCCGGCGCUGGCGUCCUCCUUCUCCUCCCCUCCCCCACCACGAGUCGCUCCUGCACCGGCCGCCACCGGCCGUUCUUUCAUCCUCGGGAAGGAAGAGCCGUCGUGGUCUUUGUGUGGUCACGGGCCAGGCUGCUGGGUGUCCUUCUCCUCCUCGGGGUUCUGCCCCACAAGAGGCAAGAUUCAGGGGCCGCUGUUCGAGCAGCUUCGCAGCCCUCUGAGCCACCAGCCACAGGGACAUGGCAUGUGUCUCCUCUUUUGGACGCUUGGAUCACAAGGACUUCUGUGUGCUGGUUGUCCUUCUGUCGCACUGCGGCCUUGGAAAUGAGGCGGGCGGUGAACACAGGGUCUCCUGUGGCAACGCAGACUAGGAGUGUUGUUCUCAAGGGUCCCCUCUGGGCCAGAGAGUGUGGGUUCCUUGGGCAGCGUGUGCUACUAAGAGCCUCUGAAUCCUGCUGGAGGCACUUACGGUUUGGAGGGAGCAAGGCUCCGCUUGUUGGGAGUUUGGGGCUGUGACGGCAAACACCCCAACCCUUUUCCUGAAAAAAUUGGA